GCUACCAUCGUCACAUGAGAAGGAAAGAUGCCUACUAACACGUUCUUACACAUCAUCCGCUGGAAAACAUCUGCACACGACAUCGAACUGAUUUUAGAACACCUGUAAGGAACGCUCCCAGCUGUGCAGGUGUCAAAUAACGCCACCUGGUGUGUAUACUGUGAGGUACAGCGAUGGCACCAGUUGUCAGUGUCAACCUGUCGGCAGAAGAGAUCCAGCGGCUGAGAGAUAGCGUGCUCUACCCUUACACUGAACCGGCAGGCAUCGUCCUCCUGUUUCUGAACGUUGUGAUUUUCCUGACUGGAUUCGCUGCCAACAUUUCAGUGCUGCGGGCGAUCUUUGGACGCAGCCCUAUGGACAGGGUAGCCAACGCGUUCAUGGUGAACCUGUGCGUCUGUGACCUCCUAGUCAUCAGUCUGUGCGUCCCUGUUAACGCCGGGAUGGAGGUUUACCGCAGCUACGUGUACGGACCGGCUUUGUGCAGGAUUCUCGCCUACGUACAGGCGGUGUCCGUGUGCACAAGUGUCUUCACCCUCACCGCGGUAAGCUUGGAUCGUUACCUGGUCAUAUGCAACCCCCUACGCGCCAUGUCGUAUUCACCAAACUCGCGGGUGAAGAUUGUAAUUCCUUGUAUCUGGGUAGCGUCUAUGUUAAUCAUGCUCCCUCUAGCCAUCUUCAGUGAGGUUACUGAACAAACUUUCGAGUUUGAAAUUCAUGUGGUGUUUUGCCAGGAGAUUUGGCCCGGAGUGGAAUGGAAGAGGGCAUAUGACGUGACGCUGUUCAUAGUACUUUUCGUUCUUCCAUUCUCAAUCAUGGCACUAGCGUACACAAAAAUAGGGCAGACUCUGUGGCAUCGCGCAGCGGCACUCUAUGGAAAGCCUGACAACUACGUCAGAAGAAACAACGACGCCAUUGUCACCAAAAUCAUAUCGCGCAGAAGACGCGCAGUUAAAGUAUUCGCAGCUUUAACAGUAAUCUUUUCCUUCUCCUGGCUACCGUACUUUCUUCUUAUCCUUUGGUUCGACUUCUACGAGGAAACGAAGAGAGAAAGCGCCUUAACAGCAGCCACUGUACACCCGUUCCUUUUGUGUCUAGGUCUCUCCGACUCAGCCAUGAACGCUGUGUGCUACCUCGCUCUCGGUAAGAACUGUUGUGGCAUGAAACAUAGCGAUCGUCUCUCACAACUCUCGGGACACAGGAAGUCAUCGCGCACACUGCCCUCUCACACAAGGGAAGAGAAGCUUGACUUCGACUAUGAACAUCUGGAGAUGGAAGAAACCCGUGCUGUACAGUUAGAUGUCAGUACUGCGUCGCACAGAUAGUAUGUGUUUAUAUACAAGUAUGA